CGCGCGCACGUGGGGAGCGAGUGCGCUUGCGCAGAGCGGGACCGGUACCGGGAGCGACACCGGGAGCGACACCGGGAGCACGAGGGGACUCCGGGACUGGGCGUGCCGGGCUCGGCAUGGCGGGCCGGGGCCGCGGCCGGGGCCGGGGGCAGAUGACGUUUAACGUGGAAGCCGUGGGCAUCGGCAAGGGGGACGCGCUGCCGCCGCCCACCCUGCAGCCCUCGCCGCUCUUCCCGGCGCUGGAGCGCCGCGCCGCGCCCCUGCCCGGCGGCGAGGAGGGCGAGUACAUGCUGGCGCUGAAGCAGGAGCUGCGCCGCGCCAUGAAGGGGCUCCCGUACUUCGUCAAACCGGGGGCGCCCCGCAGAGACAUCGAGCGCUACUCGGACAAGUACCAGCUCUCCAGCCCCGUGGACAACGCCAUCGACUGGAGCCCAGACUGGCGGCGGCUCCCGCGGGAGUUGAGGAUCCGCGUGCGGCGCCCACGCAGGGGCCGGACCCCCGGCCCUGUCCCCAAGCAGCAGCAGGUGGCCCUGGACAAGGAGGAGGCCAUCAAGAAGCUGGAGAGCCUGGAGAAGAAGGAGGAGGAGGUGACGUCAGAGGAGGAAGAGGAGAAGGAGGAGGAAGAAGAAGGGAAGGAGGAGGAGGAGGAGGAGUACGAUGAGGAGGAGCACGAAGAGGAGACCGACUACGUCCUGUCCUACUUCGACAACGGGGAGAGCUUCGGGCCCGACAGCGACGACAACGGCGACGAGGCCGUGUACUGACCCCAAAACAGCGGGCACUGACCCCAAAACAAUGGGCACUGACCCCAAAAAUGGGCACCCCAAAAUGGGCACUGACCCCAAAACGGGCACUGACCCCAAAACGGGCACUGACCCCAAACGGGCACUGACCCCAAAAACGGGCACUGCCCCACAGCCCUGGCACAGCAGGGGUGCCCUCACCUCCCCAGGGGACACCCUCAUAUCCCUUGGGGACAUUGGGGUGACACUGGGGUCCCUGUCCUUUCCUUGGGGACCUUGGGGUCCCCCUGGGAACAUUGGGGUGACAUUGGGGUCCCUGUUACACCCUUGGGGACAUUGGGGUCACAUUGGGGUCCCUGUUCCCCCCCUUGGGGACAGUGGGGUGACAUUGGGGUCCCUGUUAUCCCUUGGGGACAUUGGGGUGACAUUGGGGUCCCUGUCCCUCCCUUGGGGACAUUGGGGUGACAUUGGGGUCCCUGUCCCCCCCUUGGGUACAUUGGGGUGACAUUGGGUUCCCUAUUAUCCCCUGGGGACAUUGGGGUGACAUUGGGGUCCCUGUCUUCCCCUUGGGGACAUUGGGG